UGCAUGUUUCUGUCUCCUUUUAAAAACCUCGCUUCCUCCUGUAUUGUUCAUACCGGUGCAGGUUAUCUAACCAUUGCCUCGUUGACGCCGUGGUCUGAUCUGCGGCGUCCUGUCCAGCGAAAAGCCAGAGCCGCUGCGAGGACCGGAGAAAGGAUCGGGGACACGCCAGGACCUGAGGACCUCUAAGGUAAAGAGACUGAAUGUUACCUCCCUGUGCAGUCAUGUGAUUGACCUGGCACUUCCAUUCUAAGGUGGGAUCUCUCCUCCUCAUGCUGACUAACCCAGGCUGCCCCAUUCUCACCAUGAGAGGUCUGACCUCUGUGCCCUCAUACUGGCGCCGCCUUCGUGCCACAUGAGCGCCCCCCUCCCCUCCGGCCGUUACUGCACGGAAUGGCCUCUCUGGACCUGCCGUACCGCUGUCCUCGCUGCGGGGAGCACAAGCGCUUCCGAAGCCUUUCGUCCUUACGAGCCCACCUGGAGUACAACCACACUUACGAGACCCUUUAUGUCCUCUCCAAGUCCAACAGUGUAUGUGACGCCGCUGCUCUGCUGCCCCUAGUGGCCGAGGGAGCUCUCCUCACACCUGCCAACAACAACGACCCCUUCGAACCACUCAGGCCUUCAGCACUAAAGGAGCGACACUUUCCCUGUAGGGAGCUUCCCUGCGCAGACGACCUCAGCUUGACCCCGGCUAACUCCAACUCUGCAGCCAGGUACAUUCCCAAUGUGGAGUUCCCUCUGGGGGAGAUCUUUAUGAAGAAAGCGAUGACAUCCACAGACCCAGGCACCCAUGGAAACCCCAGCACAGCUGUGGCUGUGGCUGCGAAUGUGGCAGCUAGUGCUGUAGAGGCAGCUUAUGAGGAGGGGCUGGCCAGGCUAAAGGCCCGGGCGUUUGAGCGGCUGGAGCUGGACGAGAGGCUGGAGAAGCUGUCGGAGGAGGUGGAGCAGAAAAUAGCAGCCCGUGUAGGCCGUCUUCAGGCGGAGCUGGAGAGGAAGAGCUCUGAGCUGGAGCGGGCCAAGCAGGAGAGCGAGCGGCUGAGCCAGGAAAAACAGGACCUGGAGGACAAGGCCUCCGAGCUCUCUCGGCAGGUGGACGUCUCUGUGGAAAUGCUGGCCAACCUCAAGCAGGACCUGGUGAAUAAGGAGGCGGAGCUAAACCACAAACAGCAGGAGGUUGCCCAGAUCGACCAGUUCCUUCAGGAGACGGCAGCACGGGAAGCCAAUGCCAAGGUGCGCCUGCAGCAGUUCAUCGAGGAGCUUCUGGACCGAGCCGACCGUGCCGAGAAACAGCUGCAGAUCAUCAGUAGCUGUGGCACCACGCCGAACGGUAGCCUGGGACGCUGCAGCCUGCAGGCCUCCAAGGGCACCGGGCGCCAGAGAAAUUCCAGCCUCUCCGGGAGCACACGGGGAAUGUACCAAGUGUCAGAGAGACGUUCCUCUCCCAGCACAGGAGCAUCAGGAAGGAUAAAGUCUGUCUCCCAGGGUUCUGGAGGUUACGAUAGUGACAGUGUCGAGAUGCAUCCAGUGGAGGAUUGUCCCGAGGCGCAGUACUAUCACAUGCAGUGCCGGAUGGGUGAGGGUGGCUAUGAGCGCUCGCCGGGAUGCGGAUCUAGAAACUGGGGUCUUCGCAAACAGGCCAUUCAGAACUGGCAGCGCCGACCAUACAGGAACAGCACUGAAGGCGAGGAGGGGGAUGUGUCAGACGUAGGUUCCCGGACUACAGAGUCCGAAAUGGAGAUGUGGGAGCAAGAGAGGAGAGCUGUGGCUGAAGUUCAGCAGUCUGCAGUACCCUAUCCUCAUCACAGCAGGGCAGCAUAUCGCCCGAACACAGGUCGCACUGAAGUGGUCUACAGCAAACCAUACCGCCAUGAAAAGAGUCCAUCAAAAACCAACGAGGUGAUCAGUCCGGAGAUCCUGAAGAUGCGCGCAGCCCUCUUCUGCAUCUUCACAUACCUGGACACUAAAACCCUGCUGAGAGCCGCCGAGGUCUGCCGCAACUGGAGGUUUGUGGCCCGCCACCCGGCAGUGUGGACCAGAGUGCUGCUGGAAAAUGCUCGCAUUUCUUCCAAGUUUCUGACUACAUUGUCUCAGUGGUGCACUCAGACGCACUCCCUCAUUCUGCAAAACCUUAAACCAAGGCAGCGCGGCAAGAAGGAAUCCAAGGAGGACUACCUCAAAACUACACGUGGCUGUCUUGAGGAAGGUUUGGAGGCGUUGUUAAAGGCCACAGGAAGUAACCUGCUGAUACUAAAGAUUUCACACUGUCCCAACCUGCUGACUGAUCGCUCCCUAUGGUUGGCCAGCUGCUACUGCCGCGCCCUCCAGGCCGUAACCUACAGGAGCGCCACAGAUCCAGUUGGCCAGGAGGUAAUAUGGGCCCUUGGGGCAGGCUGUAGAGAUAUUAUUUCUCUGCAGGUGGCACCCCUACAUCCAUGUCAACAACCUGCACGUUUUAGUAACCGAUGUCUGCAGACCAUUGGAAGAUGCUGGCCACAUCUACGUGCUCUUGGUGUGGGUGGAGCUGGAUGUGGGAUUCAGGGACUGGCCUCACUGGCAAGGAACUGCAUGCGUCUCCAGGUGUUGGAGUUGGACCAUGUGAGUGAAAUCAACCAGGAGGUGGCAGCAGAGGUUUGCAGGGAGGGUCUGAAGGGUCUGGAGAUGCUGGUGCUUUCAUCCACACCAGUCACCCCUAAAGCCUUGCUCCACUUCAACAGUGUUUGCCGCAACCUCAAAUCCAUCGUGGUUCAGAUUGGUAUAGAAGACUACUUUGAGGACCCCAACAGCCCAGAAGCCAGAAAGCUGUUCGAUGAAAUGGUUAACAAGCUGCAGGCUCUCAAGAAGAGACCUGGUUUCUCCAAAAUACUUCACGUGAAAGCAGACAGCCUCUGCUAACAUCCUUUGUGCAGGUUGCUGAGGAGCGCAACCAUAGUAUGAGUCGAUCAGCAGAACAAAGGUAGCUUGAGUCCAACUUCUGGGGGUUGAACGCAUUAGGAGCACAAGAAACAGAAACAUGAAAGGUCAAAUUGAUGAAUAAAGACUGGGGAUUGCCAAGCAUAUUUUAACAGAUAAAAAUCACAAACAAAACAGCAGCAGAUUCGAUAAAAAUGUGCUAAAUGUUGGUGAGCUUCGGUGGCAGCAGAUAUCCAGCGAAGACCGUUUCAAUUUUAUUAACCCAAGAAAAACAAACUCAUCUCUCGUGGACAUUCUCUCUAAACAUGAACUUUCUCAUCCAGCAGAGUCGAGUCCAGUAGUGGAGCCGUUUGGAGCCUCACAGGCUACAUUUUUUUCUUUCUGCAUCUGCAUUACGCUUCAUGCUGACUAGCUUCAACGCUAACUGCAGGAACAAGACAGGGAACAUAUGUACUUUCCACAGACGUACAAGGAACACCUGUUUUCUCAAGAGGUUUAGUCCUUUCUCCUUAAAGGGUUACAACAGGAGUUUUACGCUUGGGUGUGAUGAUGGAGAAACGAAUACUUAUCCCUUACUGUCUCCACAACUUGCCAAUCCAAGUUUGUGAACACGUACUGCUUCCAGGUCACUGUGGAGAGGUUGGGGGCGACCGCCCUGCAAUACACACAGACCAUGUCGCUGGGUUUAUUCUUCAAUAUCAUCCUCUGUUUCCUUGUAUGAGCUCAACCAAACUGGAUUCAGUGUUUAUGAUCUUUGUUGUAAUCUGGGCCUGUUUGCAUCAGAGGACAGUAUGAAGUAUUCUAGGUCGCUGGUGCCAGUGGUACCAGCCUUCAUCUUUAUUCCAGUGAGUGUUUCCUUCUCCAGUGUGCCAAAUAGAAAAGGAAGAGGGACCAAGCAAGUCACUACAAAAUCACUAAAAGGCCUGAGUUUGCUAUGAGCAGACGCAGCACAAACUGAAUAUAAAGUGUUGUGUUUCCUAUAAAACGAAAUAUCCAGGUGUGUACAGGUGUUGUAGUGUUUGUAUUCAUACUGAACAGUGCCAUUUGCAUCACAGGGGCUAUUCUCUUAAUUUACAUUCAUUAGCUGGCAUCCUCUAAUCCUCUUUGAUGUUUUCUUCCUCCUAGUAUCACAGCGAGGGUGAAGGGAGAUGACUUAUACCUUCGGGGAUCUGGGGCAAGUAUUUCGCUUCAGAUUCAGACCCAACAGAUCAGGGCUUCAGCCUCUCUUCGAAUUAGGAAAUUGAUGUGGCAGAAAUGUGAACAAACUAUGCUUAGCAGUGCUCAUUCUCUGGUUCUAGUGCCACUUAACUAUGGUGGAAAUAUGAACCCAUUGAUCUGAUGUGUCUUUUUUGAGUUAGAGGUUUUGGAUGUUCAAGGUGUGUGUUUAAAAAAGGCCUUAAAAAAAGGAUUCGCUUUUUUUUUUUAUUUAGCAGAAUGUAAUCCUUACUUCGGACCAAAAAUGUUUUGCAUUCCAGUGCCCUGAUCUUUCAUUAUCUCUAACUUUCUUAAAGUGCAAUAUUUUGUCAUUCACUUUAACUAAAAAUGCACAAAAUCUAAUAACAGAUUAAAAAUAAAUCAUUCUACAGGCAGAACAUGACAGUUCUUCUUUUUCCUUUGCUGCAUGUUGCUUCCAAGGUUCCUACAGUCUUUGCUAUUAGUGUUUUCAAAGUCUUGAUUAAUAUGGAGAAAAAUGUAUUAAGUGCGGUAAAAUAUUUGUGUUAACAUAUACCUCUCUGUAUUCCAAGUAAUUUUCAGACUGGCUCGUUUGUUUUCAUCGUCACCAAAUUCAGGAUUAACCUUUUGCAAUAACUUGUAUGAUUUUUGGGUUAAAAUAUGCAUAUUAGCCCAUUAAUCAAAACAUCUGAGCUUUGACCUCUUGAUAUAAUGAGAUCAACGGUUAUGACAGCGAAACGAGCCCAUGAUCUCAUUAUCUCAAGAUAAUGGCAUGAAACUGUCACCACAGCUGACAUACCUUAAGCACAAAUUAUCCUGAGAUAUAAUUUUCUCCACAUAAGAUAAAAAUAAUUAUCUUGAGCGAAAACAGUUUAAAAUCUCAUUACUGACUUAAUGAGGCAAUGAAAUACUGCAACAAAAACAAGCUUAAAAUUGUAAUUAUCUCUAGAUCAUGAAACACGGAAACCCUAAACAGACAACCUUAAGCUAUCUCGAGGAUAUGAUAUAAUGAAAGCCUUAUAAUGAGAAAAUUACACAAAGAUCUCAUGAGCAUGAAGCACUGAAGUCAUCAUUUCAACAGAACAAGCUCGAGGUGUUAUUCUAAUAUGACGAGAUGAAAUCUUCACCAUGAUAAAAUGAGCUCAACAUCUCAGUAUCUUAAGAUAGUGAGACAAUUAAAUAAAGCAAUCUUGAGAUGUUGUUUCGAUGUAGGCCUACCAAAGUAAUUAAAUUAUUACUAUCUUGAUAAAAUAAGAUUUGGCAACAAAAGAUGUUUUUUGUCUUAAGAUAACAAGCCACUGAAAUUGUCAUCUGGACAAAACAAGCUGGAAGUCUUCUUACUGUGUUAUCUCUAUGUGACAAAUAAUUAUCAUGAUGAAACAAGUUUGGGUUUUUGCUAAAAAAAGAUACUUUUAUUAUAAAACAAACCCAAAAAUGCUGUCAUGUCAAGAACAUUUUGAUUGGCAAAACAAUCUGUCUCAACAUAGCAAAAUACUCUAACUGUUAACCGAACAGAAACUUGAGAUCUCGUUGUCUUAAGAAAAUUAGGAAUGAAACUGUCAUGAUGACGGGUUUAAGGUCUUAUCUGUAUAAAAUAAAGGAACUUUAGUGAGAUUAUGAAGUCAAUCAUGUCAAAGAUCUUAUCUCAAUAUAAUAGCAUAAGCAAUUUAAUUGUUUCUACAUAAUUUUAAAAUAAAUACUGGUUUGAGUUUUUUAGUGGCUAAUGCUACUAUUCCACAAACACCACAAAUUUCACAGGAUUUGUGAAAUUUUGCAAAUAUUUGGGUCCAGUUUGUGGUGCUGUAAGAUUCUGUUAUAAUACAGGUACAAUGGAUAGAGAUAAAUUGUUGGAUUCGGCUUGAUUCGCACAAACAUUGUCAGGAAUUCAGUACGAUUUACAAGAACGUAUUAAGAAUAAUGCAGGAAAGUUAGGAAUCAGUUAACAAUAUGCCGAAUGCAUCUAAGAUUCCAGUACAAUUAAAUUUAAAUGUCUUACUGUUCUUGACAAAUCAUGGGAUUUUUCAUUAAGAUACUGUCAAAGGUGAUGAGUGACUAGCAGGAGUGAAUGUUUAUUAUCUAUUUAACUCUACAAAACAGUUAAAAAUUCAGGAACUUAUUACAAUUCAACUAAAAAUUCUAAACUUUUGACAUUCUUGGCGACUCGUUUUAUUCAUGGUUUGUGUGGAAUAGGGGCUUAAAUGAAAACCCAUCGGCAUGCAUAUUCAUACAGUUUAUGCCUGUUAAAGGUGAUUCUGGGUCAGGUGAUGAAACUUGAAUGCUUAGCAUACAUUGAUGCUGAAUCCAAAAACACUAUCGAAAAAUUACAUCACAUCCUAUUAAAAUGUUUGCACUUUCAUGUGAAAAAUGGACUGAAAAUCCUAUGAGAUAUUUGAAAAUUUGAGUUUGGUGUUUUGAAACAAAGAGUGUAUAGGAAUCCUGUGGCUCAAAUGCACAUCAUGAACAAAUGUUAGAUUUGUUUCUGUUUUUUACCUGAAGGAAAAAGGUUCACGAUAAAGGAGAGAAGCUUCACUGUAAAGAAGAAAACCCCACAAAGCACUUGUUGAUUUUGAGUUUCAGACAAUCCUGCAUUAUCACCUACUCUGUAUAUAAUGUUUGUAGAAAAAAAAAUGAUGUAAAAAUGACCAACAUUUGAUGUUACUAUAAUAAGGUGAUGAGUCAGAAUGGAAAAGUUAAAGUUUACAGGUCUUCAUUUAGAGUCCAAUGAAGGAUUACGCAUAGAGAAUUAUAUUAUGUCUAACAGUAGUGUCGAAAUUGCAGUUGUGUACUAGAUACUUUAUAUUAAAUGUGCAUCAGAUUCAUAUAGAGAUGGAGAUUAUUUAAGAAGAGGAUAAAUAUGAUAAUUCAGCUAUUUAUUUAUUUCUAUAUAAAAAAGAGCGCUGUGUACAGUAUAAUGUUGGCAUGUUUGUGUUCAUGCAUCGAUCCUUGAGUUGCCUUUUUAACUAUUCUGCUACUGUGGCAAAAAAACUACAAAACUAUUAGAUGUUUAAAGAGCUUUGAUUGCCUGCAGGUUAAUAAUAAUCUUCAUUUGAUCCUGUCUGUUGUUGCACUAUAGAAAAAAAAAUCUAUCUCAAAUGUUUAUUAUAAGAGUGUUUUUAAUGUUUUAAGUAUUUUUAAAAAAUGAUGCACUUUUUUUUCUUUGACACUUUUCUUGCCCUGUUGGUCAUCCGUUUAGACAAAUGUUUCUGGGAUGUCUGUUGCUUGAUUGUUGGAAAUAACAGUAAUAAAUUGCUUAUCUCUUUAAGAGAACAGACAACAUCUCCCAAACAGGAAUCCAAUGUAUCUCUCUCUCUUUUGACUACAUUUAAGUGCUUUUUAGGUUGCCAGUAUGACCAUAUAUUUGUAUUUGUUGCCAUCUUGGUUUUACUUCUGCCCUGUAAAUUCAAUACUCACGACGACGGCGCGCUCGCUUGGUUGUGAAUACGGACUUGUUGUGGACGCUGCAUGGCCAGUAGGCCCUAAAACUGCAGCGUUAAGGUGCCAUUAACACUGGAAAAACCUGUAUUUUUGGAUUCCAUUUCUAAAUGUCUAGCCUUUCUUAUUUAAAGUCAUCUUUGAACUGUAACUUUUUGUUUAACUCAAGUGUCCUGUUACUAGUUUUAUCAUGCUGUAAAACAGAAAAAACUACGUGAGUGCUAAUGUACCUCUGUAUAUAUUUUAUGUAUGAAUGAUUGUACUCUGCCCAUUCAUCUGAAGUGUUUAACACAUUACCUCAACAUUUAACAGGGCAAACAUUAAUGCAUUUUCUUUUUUAGUUUGUUCGUUUUACUACUGUCAUUGACAGGUGAUUCAUCCAAAUUCUUGCGACAACGUGAAUUCUGUUGAUGAAAACAAAAAACGUUCCUGAAAAGAUCAAACACAGCCUUCUACGAUGACUGCAAUAGAUGGAUUUUCAUUCAUUCGACGUCAUCAAUAAAACUGCUUUAAAUUGCAA